AUGGCUGAUCAACUAACAGAAGAACAGAUUGCCGAAUUCAAAGAGGCGUUUUCGCUAUUCGACAAGGACGGAGAUGGUACCAUCACCACCAAAGAACUUGGAACCGUCAUGAGGUCUUUAGGCCAAAAUCCGACUGAAGCUGAACUCCAAGAUAUGAUUAACGAGGUCGAUGCUGAUGGCAACGGCACGAUAGAUUUCCCAGAGUUCUUGACUAUGAUGGCCCGCAAAAUGAAGGAUACCGAUAGUGAGGAAGAAAUCAGAGAGGCUUUCCGUGUAUUUGAUAAGGAUGGAAACGGCUUUAUUAGUGCAGCUGAGCUGCGUCAUGUAAUGACUAACCUUGGAGAAAAGCUCACCGAUGAGGAGGUUGAUGAAAUGAUCAGGGAAGCUGACAUUGAUGGUGAUGGUCAAGUCAACUAUGAAGGUAUUAAGUGUGGAGUUAGAUAA